AUGGAAGCUCUCGUAGAGAUGAAGACGGACUCCACUUUGAAAUUUGAACAUUAUCAGCAGGAAAAUAUCUCCAAAAUAUUCCAAAGCAAGGAAAAAUGCAAGGGUGGAGGUGGUGGUGGAGAAGGUGGAGGCAGUAGAGAGGCAAGUGGUGGGUUUGGAUUUGGUCAAGACUAUGGAACUGGAGCUGGAGCUGAAUCUGGUGCAGGAGGCAAGGGUGGAGGUGGAGAAGGUGAUGGUUAUGGAGGAUCUGGUCAUGGUGGUGGAGGACGAGAAAAUGCUAGUGAUGGUGGCAGUGGUGGUGGUGGAGGAGGAGGUGGAGAAGUUGCUGGAGGAGGCAGUUCAAGUGGCAAUGCAGGUUCUGGUGAAUGGUUUGGUCAUGGCAGCGGUUUUGGUGUUGGAGUUGGUAUAGUUGGUGAAGGAGGGGGUAGGGGUGGGGGUGGUGGAGGCGACAAUGGGGGAGGUAGUGUAAGAGCUUCUAAUCAGUGUAUGGUCAUGGAAGCGGUUUUGGUGCAGGCGGUGGCAUAG